CUCUUGUUUUCAACAAGAUAGAAGAUAAUAUGUAUACUUUUUGGUGUUGAUCUGUCCACCAAGCAUUCAGUUGCUACCAUUAUUUCCUGAAUGUUUUGCCUUUGUGUCUGUCCAUAGACUUCCUUUAAGGCUGCUCACUUCUAUAAGGAAGGAGAGGAGGAGACUGGUUCAAAUCUCUGGAGGUUGGCGUGAAGAUCCACCUCUAGUGGCAGCUCUGGUGGUGUUGGAUUGCUGCUGACCACCACCGUCAACAGGUCUGCUCCUACCUGGGAACAUCCAUCGUCCCGCAGCUUGCUUGUACCUAUGCACUUUGUGGUAUUGACUGAGGCUAGGCUUUGGAAGGAGAUCGAUUGAUUGAUGGACUGGUGAUUGACUCUAACUCUUGUUUUCAACUAUAUCACCUGAACUAAAGAUCAUAGUGUGAAGAUAUAAAACUGUGAGAGAUCUGUGGUAGAGGCUGAGACAGGUAGAGGUACUUAACUGGGCCUCCUCUGUAACUUAUACCAUGACUGGGUCUGAGAUUGAACAUGCUGCUCAGGAGAAGCCUGAAAAGAAGGCUGAAGAAGAGAUUGGGGGUGGGGCUGAAAGAAAGAAUAAAGUCCCACUGGUGGUCAGACCCAAGGUUAGAACCCAGGCACAGGUAAUGCCUGGGGUAAGGCCUAAAUCUGAUGUCAUGGUAGUAAGUGGGGCAAAGCCCAAAGCAGAAACCAUGGCAGUAGGUGUGGUACAUACUAAGAAUGAGGCCAAGGUAAUCCCUGGGGUGAGGCCUACAGAUAAAGCCCCUUCAUGGACCAUGACUGAAUAUGAUGGUGAGGAGAUGUUGAAGAGAGAGGGAGUGUCCCAGACCAAUUCCAUAGCCUGGCCACUGGUCAGUACUGAGUUUGAGUCAGUUGCUAAAAUGAAGACCUUAUCUAUGGAUAAGGAACUGAUCAGUGUGGACACUGAUUCCUUUCCUGUCACCAAGGUCAAGUCCCAAUUAGGAAUACAGCCUUUUUUUGGGUCAGAGGAGAAGUCCAAUGUGGGAUCCUGGUGGUGCCCCACGCCUACAUUCGAACAAGAGAUCUCUCACAAUUGUGAUUUCAGAUGGGUGGACAGAUCUUGUCUGAAUUCCUGGUUCUGGAGUGGAGAAGAGGUCAGUACAAAGUUUCGUCCUAGAGACAGGGUAAAGGCCAAUGCCAGAUCCAGGCACAAGGCCAAGGAAGAGGACAUGUCUAGGCCCAAUACCAACUGGGAGUUUUAUGUGUCCAGUGCCGGCUCUGAGGAUGAAUCUAUUAAGACAUCCUGGCUCUGGGCCAGAGAAAAGGCUAAAAUCUGGUCCGUGCCCAAGGAAGAGACCAAUAACAGGUCCAGGUUUAGGUCCAAGAAAGAAGUCUUUGAGUCCAUUUCUGGAUCUGAAUGUGAGGACAAUGUGAAUUCCUCGCUCUGGGCUAGAGAGGAGGGCAAAUGCAGGUCUAAACCCAGAGUCAGGAAAGGGGCCAAUGUCAGGGCCAGGCACAGGACCAAGCAAGAAGCUUCCAUUGAUUUUGUAUCUGGAUCUUUAGAUGUAGUCCAAAAAGAGUCCUGGUUCUGGCCUGGAGAAAAGGCUAAUAACUUGUCAAGGCCCAAGUUCAAGAAAGAGGCCAAGGCCAGAAAAAUGGCAAAGGAAAAGGUCAAAACUAAGGCCAGAGCCAGGGCCAAGCCAGAAACCAGGUCCAAAGAGGAGUUCCUCAUUGGGACCUGGUUCUGGGCUGCAGAAGAAUCCAGCAUAGUAGAUGGGGCCAGUGUCAAGUACAGCUCUCAAGUGGAGGAUGAUUCCAUUUUUGGCAGUUGGUUUUGGACUGAAGAAGAAGCCAGUAUAGAGACUGAUGCUAGCAGUAAAUCCAGACCAAGCACUGAGGAGGAAUCUAUUGGCAAUUUCAUCCUUGGGUCUGGGGAAAAGGCCAGUAUGGAAACUGGGGCUGAGGCCACCUCCAAAUCUAUGCUAGAAGAUGAUAAAGUAAACGUCAUUGUUGGUUCCUGCUUCUGGAUUAGUGAAGAGACCAACCUAGAGGCUGAGGAAGAGACCAUUUUUGGGUCUUGGUUUUGGGUCAGUGAUGGGGCCAGUAUGGAAGUUGAUAUUAGAGCCAGCUGUGCAUCCAGGCUAAGGUCUGAGGAAGAAGGGGUCAUUGGUCCCUGGUUCUGGGAUGGAAAAGAGGUUGAUACAGAGGCUGAGUUUGGAGAAGCCAGGCCAGGAGAUGAAGAAGAGUCAAUAUUUGGGUCCUGGUUUUGGGCUGGAAACCAGGCAAAGAUGGAUUCUGGGGCUAAAGUCAGUUGUGAUACCAUGCCAGGGGCUGAGGAGGAACCCAUUAUUGGAUCAUGGUUCUGGAAUGGAAUAGAAGCUUGUGUGGGGACUGAGGUCAGCAACAAGUCUACCCUGAAGGACAAGGAGGAGGUUAUUAUAUCAUCUUGGUUUGGGACCACAGAAGAGGUCAGUAUAAAGUAUGGAACUGGUGCCAGAUGCAAAUUUAUGGCAGAGGCUGAAGAGAUCAAUAAUGAGUCUUGCUUCUGGGAUGAAGAAGACCCCUGCAUAUAUACUGCCAAUGGAAGCAGGUGGAAGUCUAGGCCAGAGGAGGAACAGGACACUGUUAAUUCAUUGUUCUGGUCCAGGAAACACACAAGGCCAGAGACCAUUAUAGGGCCCUGGUUACGAGCUACAGAAGAGGUCAGUACAGAUGAUGGGACUGGAGAAGAGACCAACCCACUGAUCGAGGAGGAGACCAUGAUCACAUCCUGGUUCUGGAAAGGAGAUGAAACCAUUAGAGUGGCUACAGACAAAGAAGAAUCCAGGCCAGAUGCUGAGGAGGAGGACAUUAUUGGUUCUUGGUUCUGGGCUGGGGAGGAGGACAGGCUCAAGACAGCAGCUGAAGCUAGAGAAGAGGACAGGCUGGCAGCUGAGGAGGAAGCUAUUGUUGGGUCUUGGUUCUGGGCCAGGAAAGAGAUCAUUAGGAAAGAGGCUGGCUUUUGCAACAAAUCCAGUCCAGAGGCUAAAGAGGAGGAAGCCAUUGUUGGGUCCUCGUUCUGGGCUGAAAAAGAGGCCAGUAUGGAGGCAGGAGCCAGUUUCGAGUCCAUGCCAGUGACUGAGGAAGAGGAAAUCACUUCCUCAGUCCUGGUUGGGUCCUGGUUUGGGGCUGAAAAAGACAACAGUAUAGAGGUUGGGCCUCAGGCAAUAGAAGAGAACAGGUCAAGGACUGAAGAAGAAAUCAUUUUUGGGUCCUGGUCCUGUGCUGCAAAAGAAGUCACUGUAGAAGCAGAGACAUUCUGUGCAUUCAAUCCAGAGGAUGAUGAGAUAAUUGUUGAGUCCUGGUUCUGGUCUGAAGAGAAGGCUAUUAAUGAGACUGGAACUGUUGUAACUUGUAAGACCAGGCCAGACAAUGUGGAAAAGGCAGUUUUUGGGUCCUGGUUUGGAGCUAAAGAUGAGGCCAAUAACAGGACUGACAAUGGGACCAACUGUGAGACCAGGACAGUAGAUGAGGAGGAUGAUCCCAUAGUGGGAUCCUGGUUCUGGGCAGGAGAUGAGGCCCAUUUUGAAUCAAACCCUAACCCUGUGUUCAGGGCCAUUUGCAGGUCUAGGUGUUCAUUUGAGCAGGAGCCUGAUGCUUCACACAGGCCCCAGAGCUGGGAAGAGGUCACUGUUCAGUUCAAGCCUGGUCCAUGGGGUAGGGUUGGCUUCCCAUCUCCAAUACCCUUUAGAUUUCCAAAAGAAGCAGCAUCUAUGUUCUUUGAAAUGUUUGGAGGAAAGCCAAAGCACAUGGGACUUAACCCAGAAAGGGAAGAGCAGGAAUCUUUGCUUCAGCCUGAUCAGCCUGAUCCUGAGUUCCCAUUUCAAUAUGAUCCAUCCUACAGGUCAGUCAGGGAAAUUCGGGAACAUCUUAGGGCCAGAGAGAGUGCAGAACCUGAGAGUUGGUCCUGCAGCUGCAUACAGUGUGAGCUUAAUAUUGGUUCUGAAGAGUUUGAAGAACUCCUUCUAUUAAUGGACAAAAUCCGAGAUCCUUUUAUUCAUGAAAUAUCUAAAAUCGCAAUGGGUAUGAGAAGUGCUUCUCAAUUUACCCGAGAUUUCAUUCGGGAUUCAGGUGUUGUCUCACUUAUUGAAACCUUGCUCAAUUAUUCCUCCUCCCGAGUUAGGACAAGUUUUUUGGAAAACAUGAUUCGCUUGGCUCCACCAUAUCCAAAUCUAAACAUGAUUCAGACAUAUGUAUGUCAAAUGUGUGAAGAAACCCUUUCUUAUAGCUUAGAUUCCCCUGAGCAAAUUUCUGGAAUAAGGAUGAUUAGACACCUCACUACAACUACUGACUAUCACACACUGGUUGCCAAGUAUAUGUCAGGAUUUCUCUGCUUACUAGCCAUGGGCAAUACCAGAACAAGGUUUCAUGUUCUGAAAAUACUACUGAAUUUGUCUGAAAAUCCUGUCAUGACAAAAGAACUACUCAGUGCUGAAGCAAUGUCAGAAUUUAUGGGCCUUUUUAACAGGAAAGAGACAAAUGACAAUACUCAAGUUGUUCUAGCAAUGUUUGAGAAUAUUGGUAACAAUAUCAAAAAGGAGAUGGUGUUGUUCACUGAUGAUGAUUUCAGUCUUGAGCCACUUAUUUCUGCAUUCCAUGAAGUUGAGGAGUUUGCUAGGGAACUGCAAAGCAGAACAAAUGAUCAAUAUGACCCUGAAGCAGGCCAGUAAAAUUAGUAUGAUUAAUCACUUGCCUUUGUCCUAAUGUUCCUGAGUUAACAAUUCCUUGAAUAAUGUUUUGGUUUACAUGGUCGGUUGUGUUGUAAUGUACAUCUUUAUUGCUAGCACUGACUUUGCCCAACUCUGUAUGAGCUGAAUCAUUCUUCUGAUGCCAAAUGAAUAUUAGAACUGACAGAACAUUUGUUGAUAUUUGUGUUUUUGUCUAAAUUGUGACACUUAGUAUUUCGGCUAGAGUGAACUGAGCCAUCAUAAGUAAGCUAGCUACCCUUCUGAUUGUUGUUCUAGUGUGUUGAUGUCUAUUUGAGUCUUGUGUUUUCAAUAAAGUUCUGUUUUAAAG